AUGAGCAUAGAGACUAGGCUCUCAUCGGCUCCAGAAAGCAUCUGCCAAGAAUUGGAAUUGCGAACGGGUGUUACCAGCGUGAACGACUCCAUUGGCAUGAAGGCUGGAGGAAAGGGACCGACAUCACCCUCAGCUAGCCUCCCAGGGCCUGUGCAUAAAUAUUUAGUUUGCCGGCCUAGUGUCCGAUCAUCCUAUAAGAGUCAAAUCGAUCCACGUGCUCUCUGUACGGGGGGAGUUCGUUGCAAAGGGGCAGGCAGCAAACAGGCACCUGCAGCAAGCAGCCUUGGAACGGCAACCAGCGACCACAUUGCCAGGCGUGGGUCCCUUGUCGUCACUCCUCACGGCUUCGGUUACUUCCUCCGCACGGCCUGA